AUGUUACUUUUGAUGUUGGCCUCAGUGAUCAACCAACAAGAGCAUGCAGAAACUCCAGCACUUGUGUUGCCUAAUGCAGAGCUGAGCCAUGAUGAUGAUGCAAGUGAUGAAGUGCACGGCUCAUCUGAGCAAACAAGGGCAAGACCUUCAUCAUCACAAUCACAUUCGGAGCAACCGUCAAAACGAAGGCGCACUUGUGAUGUUUUGCUACAAAUGAUGAGUGUUAUGGCCGCAGAUAUAAGUCGGAUAGCUGAUGCAUUAACUGAAACUAACAGCAGAGUGUGCUUAGAGGAAGUGGUGGAAAAGGUACAAAAUAUGACUGACUUUGACGAUGAUCUCAUCAUCGAAGCUUGUGAGUAUUUAUGUUUUGAUGAGAAGAGGGCAUUCAUGUUUUUGAAAUUAGAAGACAGAUUAAGGAAAAAGUGGUUGAUGAAACGAUUGCGAGGUCAAUAA